AUGAACCGUGGUAUCGACAGAGACGACACUCCGAAACGGGGGUCCGUUCUAGCAGAAACAAGUGAUGAGUCAGCAUCACUGACAACCAGUGCGGUACCACUAUCGGUCAACGUAAGUUCCGGUAAGGGAAGGUCCACCCUGCAUGGUGAUUCGUAUCAGCUACGUUUGGGAUUGGUGAUUUUGCUACGAGCGUUCAAAGUGUUUCAGGAAGAUUGCAAAUUUGACUUUGUAAUCGCAAUGGAAGAUCCAGCUGGAAAAGAUUUCGAUGACGUGAUGUAUCAUUUCGCUUCGCCACGCUUAUCAUCAUCGGGCUCUGUUUGCGUGCAGGCGAAACAUAAACGUAGCGACAAGGGCCAGCACUCAAUACUUAAGGAAAAUAUGCUGCUUGAACCCGCAAACAGUGUCAAUAAUUCAUUUUCGAUCCCAAGGUAUUUUCUAUCGUUUCUAGAAGUUGACCAAAACCUUCAAACGCACACUCACACGUACGUGUUGUGCACUAAUGCAAUGUUUUAUAGCAGAUUAGUAGAGCCUUUGAUGGUCAAACGAGCUGACGUGAAUGAUGAGUUACAGUUUUGCCAUGAUAUUGGGGCGUCCUGUUACCAGAUUAAUCCAAAAGUAGCUCACAAGUAUCUAGACCGCAAGCUAAUACGCUCCUGUACUCCACAGCUAGGAAAGUUAUUGGCAGAAGAUGUUUUCAACGGAACAGAAAUCACUUUCGAGCGCCCAUUGUAUAAUGCGUUUGCCACUUUGAUAAACGAAUGUGUGAAACCCGCAGUCCCUGGGGGAAUCGAUACAUCAAGCCGUAGCUUUAUGUUUAGCGAAAAGUUUCUCAAUCCAACCACAUCGUCACCAAUCGAAAGUCUUCGAACAGAAUUUGACACAGCGUACAGAAAGUUAGCGAAAGAUAAGAGAUUAGAUAUCGCGAGGGUUCUGAGUGAGGUCUUAGUCAAGAUUGAUAGAAAAUCUAUGUCAACCGUGCUUUUAGCAGGAAACGUUUUAGACAGGAAACUGAAGAUGUUCUAUGAUUCAUUCGUACUGGUUUGCAAUUCACUGAAUGAAGAAGAGUUGUACAGAAAGGCUUCUGAAUUGCUUCCUAAAUGGUGUAAUUCUUCAGCGGCUAUAGACAAGUUGCAUCUGAUGUUGUUUGAUGCAAUGAAGAGCGAGAAGCCAGUGCGUAUCGAUGUGGGGUUUGUGCAACAAAUGUUUAGGGCGAUAGACAUGAACGCAGCUAUGGCACAAUUGAAGUAUAGCUCAAAACAAUAUAUUGAACAGUUGCGGUUAAGUUUUCCCCAUAUUGUAUUAGAUCCAAAACGUUUAUCAAGCUCAACCUUAGCUGAAUUCCUUCAGAAUGACGACGAUUGUGGUUUGUAUAAGUUUAACUGUUCGCUUGAUUCGAACCUGUGCUCGCUGGUUGUUGCACAAACUCUACUGUUAUUUCAAAAUGAAGCUCUGUUUCUUGAUAGUACGAACUGUCGAGAAGCCCAAAAUCUGAACGAUGUUCUGCACGAUAUGUUGUCAUAUCUGAAAGAUGUAAAUCAUCCUGCUAUCAAAUUGAUAAUGAUCCUAGCGAAACCAAACUGUAGUUCGAUCGAAGAUCCUAAGGUGCUGUCGAAAAAAUAUCAGCAAAAGAUCAUAGUAAUAGAAGCGACGUCAGACAAUUUGGAAACGAACAAUCCAAAUGAAAAAUAUUUCGUAGAAGAUCUUGCACAUGAUGCUUCACGCGAAUUGUUUAAAGCCCAUGAACACACACCGAUGUUCGGGACUAUUGCUCCACUCAGCGGCAUUGUGUACAAAUCGGACGAAUUGAGACGCUUGCUAGAGGUAUUAGAGCAAUUGAGCGUGGUUAGCAGCGACUAUAAUGUAAACGACCGCAACUAUGACAAGAUUAAGCACUGGUACAUUCAGCGUAACGCUAUACCGUUGGGCAGCAAAGCAGAGAAAGAGCACGUAGCCCAACACAUAAGCCAAACCCGUAACGCUUUGCCUUACUCGAAGCAGGACGGUGUAGCUUUUGCCGAAAUGGCUAGAUAUGUUGAUAGUCAUAAUGCAAGCACCAUCUCCGAGGUUGAGCGUGUUCUAGAAAUGCACGAGGAAAAUGUUGAUCCGUCUGGUGUCCAAGAAUGGGGCCGUGGGAAGAUAUGCAUUUUCCUAAACGAUGCCGGACAUGGAAAAAGUAGCUUCUUUACCUGGCUGGCCUGGCGCUUGGCUAAGCAGAAUAAUGCCUUGCUUGUGAUAAAACUGAACGCAAUGGAAUAUUCGACCGAUUUUCAUCAGUUGGAGGCUAUUGGUGUGCAGAACCUUGACGAUACGGAUCUGGUAAGAGUGCUGUAUCGCUUAGUUCAUCUGGCACUUUUCGCACCGAGUUUAUACCGACAAAGCGACGAGGAAACCGACUUGCAAAGAAAAGAGGCCGAUCGUUGUGCAAAGUUGCUUACAGUUUCAAAUGGGCGAAUUGUAUUGGAUGAAAUAGAAACAAAACUGCUGCCAGCAAUACAACUGAUCGAGUUACGCUUGUUUCGUGAAAAGUUUAACGAACAGCAAUUGAUAUUGAUGCUGGAUGGAUUCGACGAAAUCGCACCAUGCUAUAAGAUUGUGGUUAUGAGCUGUUUCGAACGAUUUGCCAGACUAGAAGGAGUACAACGCAUGUAUCUGUCGAGCCGGCCGUCCGAUUUUGAGAACACAGAAUUUAAGAAAGUAUUUAAAAACACCUUGAGCAAUUGUAGUAUGAAGCAGUUGAAACCAUUCGCAAGGGGUGACAUUAUACUGUCCCUUCACAAAUUUCUUCUGCACAAUAUAGAAGACUACAGGCUUUGCGAAAAAGCUCAAACCAUACAUGUACUGACUGUGCUAUACAUUGUUAUCAGUAAGGCUUUGGGUGAUUUGACGUCCGUUCCACUGUUGUUGUAUAUGGCGCAGGUCACUCUGUUGCCUGUCAUAAUAGAACACAUCAAUUUUCAGCUGCAUACGAUAUCGAAACGAUUGCUGGCGAACGCCAAACUUGACACAAUGGCGCUGGUGGAACAUUUCAUUAACAGAAAGAUCGAGAUACUAAUCACUGACAAAUUAGGGACACUCAUGUCUGCUUCUAAGACAGCCGCAGCGAAUGCAAUUUUCUUGGCCUACAGUAAAGAUAUAAAAGAACGACACAUCCUGUUGGCCCUGUGCGCCAUUUUCGACAAGAACAGUAGGGCGGAGCUGCUGUCCAAGCCGGAACAAGAAAGUGUCUCAGAGCAAAUGGAGAAAGUGAUCCAGGGAGAAGAGAGAACAGGAAUCGUCGAUGGGAUACGAGACGGUGUGCCCCAGUUUGUGCAUCGAAUGUUUGCGGAAUACUUUGCCGCAUGUUGGCUCAACAAAAAUCGGGAUCGAUUUAGGAAUGAAAGCAUUUUUAAAUCUCAAACAAUUUGGACACACUCUUUAGAGAAAAUGCGAGACUUCCUUGAUCGAAUGAUACUUCGGGAAAGUGAGGGUUGUAAGUUGCACUGGACACUGCUGAAUAAAUCCAUGCAAGGGCUCAGACAAGUUUUAUUACAAGUACCCGUUGCAGUUACUGUGAAAGAUCGAGUUGGCCGGUUACCGGUACAUCUUGUAGCGAAAAGUAAUAUUUUUGCAGACGAGUUGUUAAAAAGGAUGCCAUGUGAGCUUGUAAAUGAAAAAGACGAUCUUUUCGGUUGGAAUGCUUUAGAUUAUGCGUUUCUACUGAAUGAUGGUUUCGCAAUAAGAGAUCUUCUUAAAUGGGGCGCACGGUUGAAUGUGGACAUCCUGCUGCAGCAGUUGUAUUCCAAUGAUGUAGAAAAUAUAUUUAUCUAUGGAACCAAUUAUGCAUACUUCUUACGAAAUUACGGAAAACCAUCAGAUGUAGCAGAUAUCAGAAUUUGCGAACGCGUGGUAAAGCAUCUAAUAAAGGAGCGAGGGCUAGAUAUUUAUUCUCCUCGGCCAAAAUUUGAAUCCUUAUCGGUGUUAGAAUUUAGCACCGCUUGGAAUCUCCGUGAUAUGUUUCAUCAGCUAGUUACACAGUCGGGUCAACCGGCACAGGUUUUGCACGGAUUGGUUAAUCGUUUGUUUCAGCUAGCAUUCGAGAGAAAGUCCCACGAUAUUAUAGAUUAUCUGGUUCAACAAUGCAGGUUUCCACUACCCCAGAUAGAAGACAAUCGAGGUCUAUUAGGAAGUGCUAAACGCGCUAUUGAUAAAAAUCAAUAUGAAUGGUUUAAGAUACUGUUUCAACAGUUGUGCACACGAUACAAUAUUGUCAAUGUUGUAGAAAGUGAUAUUGUCGAUAAUAUAAACGGUGAGAGCGAGAAGGAAGUGUUUGAAAUCGAAAUUGAAUUAGAAGACCAAUGUUGUGUACGUAGCGAAAAGAAUGUGAGACUCUCAUUGCCCGAAUAUUCAAUGGUCGAAGACUUUGAUCAUGACGUCGACGAAAUAUUUGUACAACGUUUGUUGUCCAGAGCGAUAAGCAUCGGCAAUGUACGGAUUGCUGGCUACAUACUUCAGAAAACGAAAAUGACUGUUACCAACCGUUUGAUUGUGACGAUAAUGCGUUUAUUCCCGAAAUUAAGUCCUUUGUGUCACAAACAGUCCAUUCCAGCGUACCAGUAUCUUCUAAGCAAGACACGCGAUCUGCACAGUGUUGAUCAAGAAGGGCGUAAUUUGUUUCACAUGACCGCACAAAACGGAUGCUUGUACAUGCUACCCUGCCUAAUGUCUAAAGGAUUUGAUCCGCGGCAGAUCAAUGUCCAGAAUCAUUGGAAUGGAUUUCAUUACCUUAUGUCCUGUGCGGACGAGUAUAGCUUACGCGGCCGCAAAGCAUUGGCAUUUUUUCAACGCCUAGGACAUGUCGAUUGUUUCGACACUUUGAGCACAACGGGAGAAAGCGUGUUUGAUAUUUCAACUACCUGCUGGUCGUGGCUAGAGGCACAAAUGCUAGUCCAGGCUCAAUACUCCAGCCUUUCCUGUGAUGAAAAAGUGGUUGCAAUGAUAAAUUUAAUGGACGGAAUGCUUUUGAAGCAGGGGACGGAACGUACGUUAGAGUUUUUAUUCUCCUCGCUUGAGCAUAGCUCAGCAUACGGAUUCGUAACCGAUCAGGAGUGGCAUGUAGUCUAUAGCUACAUUUUAAACCAGAUACCUAUAGUUUGA